AUGUCGUCACAGAUCAGUCAUCUUACAGAACUAUUGCCCAUACUCAUUCCGGAUUACGAAAGGCUGAUUGUUACCUCCUUCACUCACGACCCCAUGUCGCGCUCGACUAGAAUCAAGAUUCUGCUUGCGAUAGAUGUUGUUUUUUUCUUUGUCGAGCUCAUCUCUGGUUAUGCCGUCGGCUCACUAGCCCUCGUAGCGGAUAGCUUCCAUAUGCUGAACGAUGUUAUGAGUCUGAUCGUGGCGCUCUACGCUAUCAAACUAACGGAAGAGAACGAAAGCGACUCGCGAUACUCAUAUGGCUGGCACCGUGCCGAAAUCCUUGCGGCGCUGGUGAACGGUGUAUUCCUACUUGCACUGUGUUUUUCCAUCUUUUUGGAGGCCUUGGAACGUUUCUUCAGCACGCCAGAAAUAUCUAAUCCGCAGUUGGUCGUCAUCGUCGGAACGCUCGGUCUGGCGUCAAAUAUCGUUGGGCUGUUUCUAUUCAUGGUUCGUGGAUGGCUCCACCUCAUCUAUAGAUCUAAAUUCCUAAGUAGAACACUCACACGGGCAUUCGCAUUCGCAUGGCGAUAUCAAGUCCAAUGGUUCUCCGCGAAUUCCCGCAUCUUCUGUCAGCUCCACUACCGUCAGACCUGGGCUGGAGUCCGAAGAAUCGGAUUAUGCACUCGCUGGCCAUCCUGUCAUGACGCGCGCGGCCAUCGUGCAAGGUUUGAGUUCUUGGUGGACGCCGUGAUUGCAUAUCUGAAUCGGGAUUCAGUUGCUCAGGACAUGGCUCGCCAACGGUCACCUUCGCCACCCCGAUCCCAUGUCCGAACAAUGUCGCUGGAAGGCCCGCGAUCUCGCUCUCAUUCGCUUUCCCAUGGCCCGUCUGAAAACACGCCACUGCUCGGCUCCGCCCAUGAUGAACAGGCUCACGAACAGCAUACCCACGGACACGAACACGGCCACGACCAUGGUCACGGCCACUCUCAUUCGCAUGCAGGCUCGAUGAAUAUGCGAGCACUUGUCUUGCACGUGCUGGGAGACGCUCUCGGUAAUGUCGGCGUCAUUGCGACUGGACUGAUCAUCUGGCGCACAAAUUGGCAAUUCAAAUACUACUUCGACCCCGUCAUCAGUUUGGUUAUCGCUAUCAUCAUCUUCUCUUCGUCUCUUCCAUUGGGUGCGACCAUCGGUACUCCCGCUGAUCAACAUUACUCACUCCACGGAACAGUCCGCAGCGCUGCUUUUGUCCUCUUACAGGGUGUUCCCUCCACUGUUUCCCUCGAAGAAGUUCGAGAGGCUAUUCUCGCCGUCCCUGGUGUGUUGGGUCUGCAUGAGCUCCAUAUUUGGCAAUUAUCCGAGUCAAAAAACAUUGCCUCCGUCCAUGUUUUGGUUUCAACCAAAGUCGAUUUCAUGCCGAUAGCCGCCCAUAUUCGCAUGACUCUUCAUCAUCACGGCAUUCACUCUUGCACGAUCCAACCGGAAUACAACCCUACCGGACCUUCCGAGCACGUGGUCAAGGCAAGUCCUUGCGAGAUCUUUCUAACUUGUGCAGCCGUUGAUGAACCCCAGUCCUCUGAGGAUACAUCGUGUCUGGUGCAGUGCCCACCGGAUCAAGCUUGCAAUCCACAAGACAAUGCCUGCUGUCCUCCUCCUCCGGCAGUCGUGUAGCCAGCCUUCAAUAAUCGUUAUAGCCCUGGGCAAGAACUGUAACAUACAGCACAUAAUUAACAGUAUAUACAUUGUCACCAGUUCAGUAGCUCAAAUCUCUGUGCACAUCCAAGCCCGUAACCAAUAUUUGCUAGUGGGAGCG